AUAACCGCGCUUUUAGGUAACAGUUUUUACCAAACCUUUUUCUCUCUUUACUCACUAAUCGUUUAAGCAAAACAUUCAACUCGUCAAAAAUCCCUUAAGAUUACAUUUUUAUCACUGGUCAGACUAAAAUGAGUGGAAGCAGCAUUAAAAACCGUUCAAUAACGUCUACUCAAAGACUGAAACGAGACUAUUUAAAGAUUUUGAAAGAUCCUGUUCCUUAUGUAUCUGCUCACCCUCUUCCUGAUAAUAUUUUAGAGUGGAAUUAUGUUAUCCGUGGACCUGAAGGAACACCUUAUGAAAAUGGUAUCUAUCAUGGUAAACUGCGAUUCCCAGCUGACUUUCCGUUUAAGCCACCAACUAUUUUAAUGUUAACUCCCAGUGGACGUUUCAAGUGUAACACUCGACUGUGUUUAUCUAUAUCGGAUUUUCAUCCAAACACAUGGAACCCUACCUGGAGUGCUUCAACAAUUUUGACCGGCUUAUUGAGCUUCAUGUUAGAAAAAAAUCCAACCAUGGGCAGCAUUGAUACACCAGAUUGGAAGAAAAGAUGUUUAGCCAGGGAAAGCUGGGCAUUCAAUUUAAAUAACAACGAAUUCUGCCAAUUAUUUCCAGAGCUUGCAGAAGAGGCGCGUGAACGUAUCCAAAAAGAACAGCAGCAACAAUCUGCUGACGCCCUAACCUCAGUCUCUGAACGAGUUGCUGGUUUAAGAAGUUCAAUUGGAUCAACUGCGGCAGGAUUAAGAGCUGAAAAUGGUUCCCUUACCGGUGCCUUGACCAAUAUCGGAGUUGUAAUAGGUUUUAUUGCAUUUAUUUAUACUGCCAGAUAUGUUUUAAGAGCUUUAAGUGCAGCUGACCAUGAUCCGUCCUCCUAAUUGUUAUCUACUGUUAUUCCAAUUCUUACUUCUCAGUUCUAUUCAUCUCUUCCCACAGUCUAACCUUUGCCUUUUAUUUUCUCAUAUUGCCUUCGUUUUCCUUCCUUUACAACGGUGUCAUCUUUCUUUCUGUUAAUUGUUUUGUUCAUCGCACUUUGUUUUCUUCUCAAUUUUACUGUGUAUCAUUAUUGUUUUCAUGUGGUUAUUACCAACUCCUUUACCCUCAACCCCCGUGAAAAUAUUUGUUACUGAAGAAAAAGUUAUUCAAAAAAUGAAUUAUAUCCACAAAACUAUAUGAUCAUUAAAAUAUGAGUAAAUAAAAAAGUCAAGUAAAACACUCUACUUCACCAUGGAGAUGAGACAAAAUCAUAACAAAACUAUUAGAGUGUCGAACACUUAAGUACAUUAAA